AUGCUUACGUCCACUCAACCUGCGUCCCAUAUCGUGGGCACUACGCCGCGCAUAUCGCUUACUGGGGUGCCCUCGACAGAUGUCGGGCGUCGACUGAGCCAUGUCCAAGCGGUUAUGCCGGUGAAGCACAGAAUGCCUCCGAAAUCUUGGGAUAGCCAUAUGCAUGUCGUGGAGCCACGCCGAUUUCCAUUGUCCAAGAAGGCCGUGUACGAACCUCCAUCUCAUACUCUAGAAGAAGCCCUGGCUUUUGAAUCUUCGCUAGGGGUGGAAAACCUCGUCUUCGUUCAGCCAUCUAUCUAUGGAACUGAUAACUCGUGUCUCCUGGCUGCUUUGGAGAGACUUGGUCCAUCUCGAGGCCGUGGUAUGGUGGUGAUUGACCCCGAUACGAUUCAGCAAGAAACCCUAGAUCAGUGGCAUGCUCUCGGUGUUCGAGGUUUGCGAGUCAACCUCCAGUCCGUUGGCAAAGUGAUGGAGCAGACCGAGCUGGAACAGACAUUACUUCGCCAUGCCGAGAUUGCUCGACCCCGUAACUGGGUGAUCGAGGUGUAUCUUCCCCUUGCCAUGAUGCCCCUGUUGGAGCCAAUAGUGCCACGUCUGGGCGUCUCGAUCUGCGUUGACCACUUUGGCAGCCCGACGCUGCCAUCCCUCCCCCUGAACGAUGGAAACAUCCCUUUCGACCCCUAUACUCUCCAUGGUUUCGAGGCAUUGAUCUCGAUGCUUCGUUCCGGGAAGACAUACAUCAAGAUCUCCGCUCCCUACCGCAGCUCGGCCGACCGAAAUAUGCGUCAACUCAAGGCCAUGGCUCGUGAAUUUCUCUCCACGGCCCCGGAUCGUGUCAUUUAUGCUACCGACUGGCCUCAUACCCGCUUCACUGGGUAUGAUAUCAACCCAUUCACGGAGUGGUGCCUGUCCCUCUGUGAAGAGAAAGUUGGGCUGGCAGAGAAAGUGUUCCGAAGGAACACCGAGCGGAUGUUAGAUGUCAAGUCUGACUAG